AUGUCAAAAAAAGUCAUCAUAGUCGGUGGCGUCGCCGGUGGCAUGUCAGCAGCCACCCGGCUGCGUCGCCUCGAUGAAUCCGCAACGAUUACGGUAUUCGAAAAAGGCCCUUAUGCCAGCUACGCAAACUGUGGCAUACCGUACGCUCUCGGAAACGUCAUCAAGGACGACGAUGCACUCAUUCUGCACACGCCAAAGUAUUUUAAGGAGCGUUUCAACAUUGACGUCUACCUCAACACUGAAGUCACCGAAAUUGACCGCACAAACGAGAAAAUCAGCACACGAACCGUCGGCGGAACCGAGAUUCGCCAGUUCGACUACGACAAGCUCAUACUAUCUCAAGGCUCUCAGGCAAUUCGGCCUCGGAUUGAAGGAGAAGCCCAGAGCCAUGUGGUCACCCUACGAACCCCACAGGAUCUCCAACAAGUCAGAGGUAUCAUGUUGGACAGAGACGUCUGCAGUGUAUGCAUCAUCGGCGGCGGCUUCGUCGGCCUCGAAGCCGCCGAAAACCUGCGAGCCAUGAACUUCGCAGUCUCCAUUAUCGAGCAACUGCCCCAUGUCCUGCCUCCCGUGGACGCAGACAUCGCAGAGAUUCUCCACGCCGAGCUCAAGCGCCACGGGGUAGACGUCUUCCUCCACGACGGCGUGCGGAGAAUCGAGCGGUCGCACGUGGUCCUCGCCAGCAACGGGAGAGAGAUCCCCGCCGAGCUGGUCAUCCUCGCGGCCGGGAUGAGGGCGAGGACAGGCCUCGCAAAGCAGGCCGGUUUGGAAGUCGGACCGCGCGGGGUCAAGGUCGAUUCGCACAUGGAAACCUCGGACGAGGACGUAUACGCCGUGGGGGACAUGGUCGAGACGGAGCACGCCGUCUUGAAGCAGCCGCGCGUAGUUGCGCUGGGCGGGCCGGCGAACCGGCAGGGACGGCUUGCGGCCGACGACAUGUCCGGCAAGCUGGUGCACUACCGCGGCAACAUUGGCACCGUUGUCUGCAAGGUGUUUGAUCUGACUGUUGGCUUUGCGGGCCUGUCGGUCUCUGCGCUGCGGGAUGCCGGGCGAGAGCCUCUCUGGGUGACGGUGCAUCCGCCGAGCCAUGCCGUCUACUAUCCUGGCUCCCAUGCCAUUACGAUAAAGGCGGUUUUUGAGAAGAACACGGGGCGGAUUUUGGGCGUACAGGCAGUGGGCAGAGCAGGCGUGGAUAAACGUAUUGAUGUGUUGGCGACGGCGAUACAGGCCGGAAUGACCGUGUUUGACUUGGAACAUCUGGAACUUGGCUACGCGCCGCCCUACAGCUCGGCCAAAGAUCCAGUUAAUAUAGUUGGGUUUGUGGCGUCAAACUUGAUGCGCGGGGAUUACCGAAUCGUACACGCCGAGGAUCUCAGCUUGAAGAAGCUGAGCGAUUGGCAGGUUGUCGAUGUUCGGUCUGCCGAAGAGUUCGCGACGGGCCACCUCCCGAACGCGGUCAACUUGGCCAUUGACACGUUGAGGGAUCGUGUAGACACCCUGGAUAAGGCAAUUCCAGUACUUGUGUACUGCUACGUGGGUUAUCGCGGAUACUUGGCCUACCGGAUCCUCAGCCAGAAAGGAUUCAAUGUGGUAAAUCUUGAUGGCGGGCUCAAGGCAGUCAUUGAUGGAGGGUUUAAAUUACAAUCUUCUUGA